AUGGACAGAGUAACUUUAUACGAAGAAUACAGGCUUAUAGAAAAAACUGAACUAGAAGUAAAUGGAAUAUGGAAAGCGGCUCACCUACUGCUUUUCUUUCUGGCCUUCGUGUUUGGUUCGUUCUGCACGUUCUGUUUUCACAUGAUGAUGUACUUGUUUGAUGAGAAGUGCGUGCUAUUUCCCAAACUGCUGUCACUUACUUCAUUUCGUCAAAACAUUAUCUAUGAGUUCAUUCCGGAAGAUAAAGAAGUUGCUGACAUGCUACCAGUCGAUUUCCUAAGCACUCAAUGGGUGGAAAAAAGUGCUUGUUUACUGCCAACGUACGUCCCCCUCGUGUCUGGAAUCUUUGGUCUUGUUUGGACUACCAUGUUCUUGAUGUGUUCUACUGGGAGUCGAGUUCUUACUGGUUUGCAGAGACCAUGGCGUGUAAUACCACCUGUGUUUUUAUUCUCGUUAACUAUGGGUAGUCUCUGCGUGUACACAUCGGCUGUUACGCAUUACGGAUUGCAGGAACUAUGUCUUAAGCUUAGUGAAAUCACUGGCAGCACAACGUGUACAUAUACCAUAAAUGUGGCUACACUUGCUUAUGAACGUCGAAUACGUGGCGUCUACCAAGCGACUCGACUUACUAUUUUAUCAGCUUGGCUGCAUACAGGAUGCUGGGUGCUAUCUACUGUUUUAGCCGUAGCAAGAGUUAUACUAGCAGUUGACUUCCAAUUAGUCAAAGUCAGUGUGCAAUUGCAGGGAGACAUUGAUAGAAUGCUUGAGCGCCAUGAAAGACAUAUUCGUACCGUGUCACCGCUAACAAUGGAAGCAAAUAGCUCUGUUAACAGAUUUCUUCGCACAGAAAGUCUCAUUCAAAUUCACUUCAAAAAACAAGAACUGAAAGCCAGUUUCUUGAGAAAUAGCCAACUUAGUCACGUAAGGAGUUCAAAAUAUGACGAAGGCGACUUACUUUACUUUUCUGAUAUAACUAAGGAACCGUCAGAACCAUCAUUAGUUCAAUCAGAACGUGAUAAAUUGAAUAAAAUACGAGCGUACAACGCAGUAGCUGCGGAGCAUCGGUUUAUUGUAAAAAUGCUAUUUUCCUUACUUGAUGGUAUUGGUGUAUCUCAGACCCCUGAAAUUAUUUCUACUUUAAGUUCAAUGGAAUCUAUAUCUGAAAUGCGUCCGCAAAUAGUUCGACAAUUUGGACAACAACAUAUUUCGUCUAAACUAAAAAUUUUAGGAUCUCCUGUAAAAAUACAAGACAAUGAAGAUGUAGGUAUUUACGAAGCAGAAGAUAUAUCAUUAGAGAUAAAACAAGAUUUGCAAGCGAGAUUUAAUAGAAAGUUCAGUGAUUUGAAGAAAAAUAAUAACACUUCGCCGACGGACAUCUUACUUAAUCAACAAUCUAGUAUGAACAUAACUUCCGAAAUGAAAACAAAUAUAGAGAAAAAAAAGGAUGCAAAGUUUGUAGCAAGGACUUCUUAUACUAAUGAACCAGGCACUAGUAGAGGAGAGAAGAAAAAUGAAUUGAAAUCUAAUUUAAAACAAGUAGGUAUUCAAACAGGUGAAAAGCUGAAAGAGAAAUCCUUAAAAGUACAAAUAGAUUCUCGUACAAGCGUAUUUGAUUCAGUAACUUCGACAAGGUUCGAUAAACAAAGUCCAAAGGAAGAUAAGGACACUCAAACAAAAAAAGAAAAAAUGGACUAG